AUGCCACAUCCCACCAGACAGGCACAUACUAAUACAACACCCCUUCUCACCUCAGAAGACAACCGCACAAUUGCCAACCGACUAGCCGCAUCAGGCCCGCAGAAUACACAGUCCAAUGUCUCGGACAACUCCAGCUCCGGCAAGCCCAAGAGCGCCGAGACCCGGGCCGGAGAAGUUGACCCGACGGCGCCGGCGAAGAUGCACGGCAACGAACCCAGCCGCGGUGCGCAGGUAGACAAGGAGCUGCGCGACGAGGAAGCGGCCAUUUUGGCGAAGAAGGACGCCGCAAAAGGUGGGAGCAGGAGCGGCAGUACAGGUGACGUAGCCGGGAAGAAGAUGUGA